AUGACAUCCCGCGCGUGGGUCGAUGAGGCCGACCGGGGGGCCGACCGCCGCCUGCCGGAGUUUGCGCGCCGCAGCCAUCAACUCCCCGCGUGGGCCGCCCAACCGGAGAAGACGGACGCCCAAACGGGGGCCGCGGCCGGCGUGAAGCGAUGGCGGGAUGAGGGCCUCGACGCCCUUCUCGCCCGCACGGAGCCGCUCCUCACAUCCCGCCACGACCGCCAACACGCCGCCGUACCGCCGGUGCUCUCCGUCCUCCCGCUCCCACGCGAUACCGCGCGGUCCGUGCAGUGGCACCGCAAUGGUCAACUCGCCAUUGUUGGCGGUAAUCACCACAUUUAUCUCUUUCACGCCGCCGGCCGUUUUGUGGAGCAAAUCUCCAAAACGGAUGUGUUGAAACGUGUGGAGCACGCCGUGCUUGGUGCCACAGGUGAGGAUGUCGUCGUGGUGGGACACCAGUCCUAUACACCCGACCUGCUGAACCUCUCCACUGGGACCAUUACUCCACUAAAAUUUCUCUGCACACGCGACUCGGCUCUCUACCGUAACGGACGACGUGAUAAUGGUAAACAGGACUUUUAUAUUACUAAAGUGAUUGUGCAGACGAACGAUGCUGCAUCCCGCACCGUCGGUGUGGUAUCUGGAGCAACUGUUACCAUUGGCUCACUUGCCUCAGGCAGCAUUACACACCGUAUUGAGAUGAGUGAUCCCGUACAGGAUGUCACAUUCUCCAGUGGUUCAAAUGAACUCACAGUCGCUACACGUAAUAAAUUAACAGUAUAUGAUGUGCGUAAAACUGCACGGUUUCUGCGGGAGACAAAUGAUGAUGGCACAGUGGAUAUUACAACAUUUGCCAACACAGAUGCCGCCUUUGCCGUUGGUUCUGCCAGUGGUGUGGUGAGUGUGUAUGGUAAAGAUGGUACUAAUGCGGGUCCACUGAGAACGCUUAAAAAUCUCACAACAAGCAUCAGUUGCCUCUCGUUUGGUGAACGCAGUAAUGGGGAUACUGUUUUGGCAUACGCAACCAGAGGGCAGAAGGGCGGUUUCCGUCUUGCUGUGCUACCAGAGUGCCGCGUUGUGCCAUCAUUUCCAGCGGUUGAGCAGCGACAUCAGUUUAUUCAGAGUUUGACCAUUGCUCCGACGAUACCUGUACUCUCUGUUGGUGAAAAACAGAAAGUGACGAACUACGCCUUGUGA